GGCCGAACGACGGCAUGCAGUAAACUCCAGCACAGGGGAGCACUGACCUUUAUGUUUACAGUGGGGGCUGGAGAUUGGUGAUAUGAGCAUCGCUUCUCUCUGAGAUUUUCUCCGCUGUAUGUGUGUGUAUGUAUGUGUGGAGCAAGCUGACGAGUCUAAGUCGAGAAAUAAAGAAGAUGUGCAAGUGCAGCUGUUUAUCCACCGCCAGAUGUGGGGAAGAGGAUUUCUCAUCCCCCAGGUGGUAAACACAAUUCGCCUCACGUGGAGUCGCCGACAUUUCUUCACCAUGCAGCUGAAAACCAAGGAGUUCCAGUCCUUAUUCACAGAUGGACUGAAUGCUCUUGCAGAGAUUUUUCAGAAGCACCAGUUUGAGCUGAGGAUUGCAGGGGGAGCCGUGCGAGACCUUCUGUCAGGGAAACAACCCGAAGAUGUAGAUUUUGCCACUACUGCAACACCCGAGAAGAUGAAGCACAUGUUCCAGGCUGCAGGGAUCAGAAUGAUCAACAACAAAGGAGAGAAACAUGGUACCAUCACUGCCAGGCUGCAUAAUGAGAACUUUGAAGUGACCACUCUGCGUGUGGACGUGCAGACCGAUGGGAGACACGCGGAAGUGGAGUUCACUACAGACUGGCAGAAAGAUGCAGAGCGCAGAGACCUCACAAUUAACUCCAUGUUCCUUGGGCUGGAUGGGACCUUGUAUGAUUAUUUCCAAGGCUAUGAGGAUCUCCAGAACAGAAAAGUUCGCUUUGUUGGGAAUAGUGCACUUAGGAUUCAGGAGGACUACUUGCGAAUUCUGAGAUAUUUCAGGUUUUAUGGGCGUGUGGCGUCUGAGCCAGGGCAGCACGAUCCGGACACUCUGGAGGCGAUCCGGGACAACGCACGAGGCCUGGCAGGAAUCUCAGGGGAGAGAAUCUGGGUGGAACUAAAGAAGAUGCUGGUGGGGAAUCAUGUGGCUCACCUGCUCGAGCUUAUUUAUGAGCUAGAUCUGGCUCAGUACAUAGGUCUCCCAGCAGAUGUCAGUAUUGAGGAGAUGAAGCAGGUGUACCAGAAGGCGCAAGGCAGCUCCCCUAAACCAAUGACUGUGCUCUCAGCUCUGCUGCGUGGCCCAGAAGAUGUGGAAAGGCUAGAUCUGCGGUUGAAGAUCUCCAGAGAGGAGAAGACCCUCGGCAUCUUUCUGGUGAAGCACAGACGAGACCUCGUUAAGGGACAAGAUGAGAAUGAUUGCCUGAAGCCAUUCACUGAUUUCAUCAUUGAUUCCCGAGAGCCAGACGCCCAGAGCAAAGUGCUGGAGCUCCUGAAGUACCAGGGCGAGAGGAAGCUCCUGGCUGAACUGAGUCGCUGGUCCAUCCCCCGUUUCCCUGUCAGCGGCCAUGACCUGCGUCGCCUGGGAAUCACCUCGGGCAAGGAGAUCGGUACGACCCUGCAGGAGCUCCGUGAUGUCUGGAAGAAGAGCCGCUACCGGCUGGGCAAAGAGGAACUCUUGAGUACCAUCAGCAAGUCCUAAUGUAAGACAAAGAAAACCAUUGAGAGAUGGUUGUCUCAGUGAACUGCUCUAAUGCCUUAGUUUAAGAGGUCAGCAGGUGCAGCGUGCCCCUACCUCCUCACGAUUUACAGCUAACGAGGAGACGAGAAAUAUAGAGGAAACACUGGCUGUAUGCAGGUUGGAGAAUGUGUAGUUUUGGUAAUCUCCUUCCAAUCCUAGCCGCAUGAGAGCUAGGAAUAUUUGGCGAUGAUCUAUCAACGGACACACAAUUUCAACAGCUGCACUUCAAGGAUUUGUCCAGAAAAUGUAAAAAUCUAACUUCCUGGGUUGUCCUGAUGGACAGAACUUCCACACUGCUUCACUCCACGCUGUUCAUACAGUAAUCUAAGCCAUGCUUCACUUUUCUUCACCCUCCUUUACUAUCAGUUAAGUAGUUUGCCAUUUGACCAUUGCUGAUAAUUUAUAUAAAUUUAAAUUCAUAAUUCACCAUGGCCUAUGUAUUUUUAUGUUUAUUUUGCUUUCAUAAUUUGCUGUUUAUAGGUCACACAGUUAUCCGUUGAAGAGGUAAUGUUCAGCUGGCUCUGAAAGAGAAAACAUUUGCCUAAUGCAGCUAUAGUCAUGAGUUCAUUAUGGAGAAAAAAAAAAAAAAGAUUGCAAGUGGCUAUGUAACACUUAUCUGACUUUGAAGUAAACAAAAAUACAAAUGAAAAA